GAAGAGAGACGCAGGAAGAUCGAAAGACAGGACGGAAAAAAGAGAAAAGUGGAGAGUAGAGAGAAGAGACAAAAGUGACAGAGAGAAAGACAAAAGUGAGGCAUAGGAGAGAGUGAGAAGGGAGGUAGAGGACAGCAAGUUAAGGGGGAGAGAGAGAGAGGGAGAGAGAGAGAGAGCGGGGUGAAGGUAGCCAGCAUUUCCACCAGCAACAGGAGAAAUCCUUGAACCCUGUUCCGUGAUGGAGAUGGGCAGAAUCCACAAGAGCUGGGCUGUUAUGCUGCUUGCCUUGGUUGUGUUGGCACUGCAGGUGGCCGCGGGGAGUGGCGUGUCCCACGAGGGCAUUAAGCAGGCCAUGCUGCGCAGGCUGGGGCUGAGCGAGGUGCCACAGAUGGAGAAGAGGGACGUGGAGAAGGUGGUGGUGCCCCGGCACCUGCGUAACAAGUACAUGUCCAUGCUGCGGCUGCACAAGGAGAAGGAGAGGAGGCGCAGGGCGCUGCCCAGCCUGGCCGGCAUACUGCGGGGAAUUCCUGGCAACGCAGACACGACGGGAGACGUGGUGUACGCGGACCCCACCAGGCAGAGGCUGGUGUUCGACAUGAAGGGCCUGAUCCCCGACAACAGCGAGGUGACCAUGGCCGAGCUCAAGCUCUUCAAGAAAGGCGUGCGGUCGGCAGAGCUGCCCCCACGGAGACACGGGCGGCCAGUCACCAACGCCAGGGUCAGUGUGUACUGGGUCAGCACCCUGGCUGAUGGCAGCAACACCUCCUCACUCAUAGACUCCAGGUUGGUUCCCAUCCUGGAGUCUGGGUGGAAGAGCCUGGACGUCACGCAGGCAGUGCACUACUGGAUGAAGAGCGCGGGGCUGCCCAUGUACCUGGAGGUGUGGGUGGAGGCGGAGCGAGUGGGCCACUACGCCGCACAGCUGGCCAAGCUGGUGCACUUCGCCACCCAGAGCGUCGCCGAGCAAACACUGGGCAAACCAGAGCUGGUGCUCUACACCCUCAGCCAGGAGGAAUACGGAUCGUCGGGGGACUGUGACGGGGGCCGGUCGCGCAGGAGCGGGGCCUGCUGCCGGCAGGAGUACUUCAUCAACUUCCGGGAGCUGGCCUGGACCCAGUACUGGAUCAUCGAGCCUCCAGGCUACCAGGCCUACCGCUGCGUGGGGGGGUGCAGGCAGCCCCCACUGCCCUUCGUCUACGGGGAGAGGAGGUGCGCGGCGACAGAGAGCGCCUCACUGCCCGUCAUGUACCUGGUGAAGAGGGGAGACUACACCGAGAUCGAGGUGGCCGAGUUCCCCAACAUGGUCACAGAGAGAUGUGCCUGCAGUGUGGACAACCUCUCCCUCAUCUAGGCCCACCUCGGGGGUACAUUACCAGGCCGACCACACGCGUCGGUUAAAUAUCCGGCGCACAACUCAGAAGCACUUUUGAUGUAAAUAUUGAAUUUGAAAAUGUAUAUUUUUUACUAUUUGCUUUCUUUUUCAAGUGAAACAUAAUGAUCUAAUUUACUGUCUCUGCAUCUGAUGGCUGGAGUCUAAGUUCCUUUGAUGGGAGGGCAGGUGAAUACAUUGUGGCAAAAUUCCUCGCAAUGCCAUUCGAGCCACAUCCAUACAUAAGACCAUAAGACUUAGGAGCAGAAUUAGGCCAUUCAGCCCAUUUGAUCCAGGCCUAUCUCUCUUUCCCUCUCAACCCCAUUCUCCUGCAUCCUCCAUGUAACUUUUGACACCCUCACUGGUUGCUGAAAGAGAUUGAGGGGCUUCAGAAACAAACUCUAAUGCAACCAAUAGAUGCAAGGAACUGCAGAUGCUGGUUUACUUUUUUUAAAAAGACACAAAGUGCUGGAGUACUCAGCGGGUCAGACAGGAUCAGAUGCUGCCCAGUUACUCCAGCAUUUUCUGUCCAAUGAAACCAGUCAUAGUUUCUCUAAAAGAGUUUCCCC